AUGGGUGCUAUUCAAUGCAUAGACCUUGGAUCGGGGGCUGGCUUACCUGGCAUUCCACUCAUGCUCCAUUUGUAUGCAUUAGGGGUACCAGCAUGUUGGUACUUAGUAGAAAAAUCUCCAAGGAAAAGCCAAUUUCUUAGAACAGCAAUUGCUGAUAUUGAAAGCGAACUUUCUGUACAACUUCCUAUUAAAGUCGUUGAAACGAAGCUCUGUGACUGGGAAACAAGGCAUGAAUUACCCUUACAUAAGGGAAAACGCAUAAUUCUUGCAAGGGCAUUUAGAACUCUUACACCUUAUGUAGCACGUGAAAUAGCUCACGUACUUGCCCCUGCAGAACUCGUCCUCUACAAAGGGAGGAAGAGUACAAUUCUAGAAGAGCUUGCAGAGCUAGAUGCUCUGGUGAAGGUAGUAAACAUUGUACCGCUACAUUGCAUGCACAAAAAAGAAAGACAUAUAGUACACGUAAAGAUAUAG